UCGAAGAACACAGACCAGAAACCGUCACCGGUGUUGAACUAAACGACGUGUUCCUCAGGCCACUGAUGACCACUUAUCAGAGGCUCUGUCUCUGCUCAGCGUUGACAUGAAGCUGUCCGCACAAGCACAGAUGCUGUAUAACAGAGCUGUCCAAAGGGAGGCGUCUAAGUGCCACUAAAGAGUAUUAUGAGGCCAUCACAGGCCCGUGGAUUAUAGUAAUCCUGUCCACCAGAGUUGGGUAUCACACACAUGUCAUUCCAGCACAGCUGAAGAAGAAGAUGGAGGUCCCGGCUCACUGUGCUGCUGCGUUAUUCCUCCUGCUCCUCUCUCAGGCCGUGAUCACGGUUAGAUCACAGGAGGAAGAGGAGGCCGUCCAGCAGGAGCAGGAGCUGCAGGAGGAGGAGUUGCAGGAGGAGGAGCAGCAGGUGAUCGAGACGUGGACGCGGAACGUCAAGGCCUGCACCUGUGACUGCGAGUCCGUGGAUUCGCCCACGCGCACCCCCGCUGCCAUCUCGCCCGUGCCGUCGAUGACCUCACUGCCACCACCUCAGGGUCACCCACUGAACUGCAUGCCAGAAUGCCCGUACCACAGACCCCUGGGUUUCGAAUCGGGAUCCGUGUCCUCCAACCAGAUCAGCUGCUCUAGCCAGGACCAGUACACCGGCUGGUACUCCUCCUGGACCCCCAGCAAGGCUCGCCUAAACAACCAAGGAUUCGGGUGUGCCUGGCUGUCCAAGUUCAACGACCAGCACCAGUGGAUCCAGAUCGACCUGCAGGAGGUCGGGGUGGUGUCGGGGAUCCUCAGCCAGGGCCGCUGCGACGCAGACGAGUGGAUAACCAAAUACAGCAUCCAGUAUCGCACCGUGGAGACGCUCAACUGGAUCUACUACAAAGACCAAACAGGAAACAACAGGGUCUUCUAUGGAAACUCUGACCGCUCCUCCACCGUGCAGAAUCUGCUGCGGCCCCCCAUUGUAGCGCGUUACAUCCGCCUGCUGCCUCUGGGCUGGCAUACCCGCAUCGCCGUCAGGAUGGAGCUGCUGAUGUGUAUGAACAAGUGCAUCUGAAGACGAAUGGGUCCGCUCUUUCGUCCCACAUUCACCCGUUUCCUGCCAACAACAACUGAAAAAAAGGAAGAAAAAAGGAAGAAAAAAAAAAGGGCCCCCAAAAAAAAAAGAGGGCAUCGAUCCAACACUGACACACUCAGUGUCUCACAUUUGUCCUUGAACACGCCUGCUGGAGACAUCCACACAUUUUCAAUCGCCAACGAAUUGAAGGCAGUGUUGGAUCAGUGGUUUGAGAACCCGGAAACAUAUUCACAUCUCGCUUUUGAGGAUUAAAAAUUUGAAAAAGCUUUG